GGGUUGCAGAAAAGAAAAACACGCAGGCAACACAAAGAGCUCACUUUCACUAUCACCACCACCUUUCCUUCCCAAAAGAAAAAUAAAUAAAUAAAUAAUUAAAAAGAAAGAAGAAAAGAAAAAGAAAAAGUAGUAGUAGAAGAAGAAAGAUCUGAAGCUCUGAACCAAUUCACUCCUAAUUAGAAAAACCCAGAGAGAGGAGGGUGUCAUUGUUUUUGUUAUGGGGGGAGUGACGUCAUCAAUGGCGGCGAAGUUCGCGUUCUUCCCGCCAAGUCCGCCGUCGUACAAGCUGGUACGGGACGAGAUGACGGGGCUGCUGCUGCUCACGCCGUUCCCACACCGUGAGAACGUCGAGGUGCUGAAGCUGCCGACGCGCCGGGGAACGGAGAUAGUGGCGGUUUACAUUCGGCAUCCAAUGGCCACGUCCACAGUCCUGUACUCCCAUGGAAACGCCGCCGAUCUCGGCCAGAUGUACGAGCUCUUCAUCGAGCUCAGCAUCCACCUCCGUGUCAACCUCAUGGGGUACGACUAUUCUGGAUAUGGACAGUCGUCUGGGAAGCCAAGUGAGCAGAAUACAUAUUCCGAUAUCGAGGCUGCAUACAAGUGUCUACAAGAAAGCUAUGGCACCAAGCAGGAAGAUAUAAUCCUUUAUGGACAAUCUGUUGGCAGUGGCCCUAGUUUGGAUCUUGCAGCUAGGUUGCCUCAAUUAAGAGCUGUUGUUCUGCAUAGUCCCAUACUUUCUGGCUUAAGGGUCAUGUAUCCGGUUAAGCACACAUACUGGUUCGACAUAUAUAAGAAUAUCGACAAAAUUCCACUAGUUAAUUGUCCUGUUCUCAUAAUCCAUGGUACUGCAGACGAAGUUGUUGAUUGCUCCCAUGGUAAGCAACUCUGGGAACUGUGUAAAGAGAAGUAUGAACCACUGUGGCUCAAUGGAGGUAACCACUGCGAUUUGGAGCUAUUUCCUGAGUAUAUUAAACAUCUGAAGAAGUUCAUAACAACAGUGGAGAAGUCCACAUCCCAACGAUUCUCUUUCCGAGGCACAACAGAUAAGUUCGAGCAGCCUCGAAAGAGUACAGAUAUUUUCGAAGUAACUAGAAAGAGCACUGAUUGCAGAGAAAAGCCAAGGAAGAGCACAGACAGGCCUGAGAAACUGAAAAAUUUGUCCAGUAAUGCUGACAUGUUGGAGAAAUUGAGAAUGUCUUUCGAUCGGAAGGAUAGGUCCCGGAGGAGUGUAGAUUGCCAUGAGAAGUCUCGAAAAAGCAUCGAGCAUCCAUUGGAAAAGGCAAGAAAAAGUGUUGAUCGGCUAGACAGAAUAAGGACGGGAUAGAAGGAUAAUUCAUUGUUAUAAUCAAAUUAUAUUGAUGCACGGAUUGGUUUCAUGGGGUUCUUUUUUUUUUUUUUCCUUUGAAAAAAAAGAAGCAAAAUUGUUAUUCUUGUUGUGUACGGACUUAUUGACAGAGAUUGGUAAAUAUUGCUACUCAAGAAAGUUUCUGGUUUUACAGUGGGAAUCACUUUUUGUUCAGAUGGUAAUACCCCCUUUUGUUUCGCAUUUCUU